CCUUUCAGCUCCACUUCAGCCGGACAAGUCGGGCAACCUGCCAGCCAUGGCGACACCCCUCACCGACCAGGAGAAGCGCAAGCAGAUCAGCAUCAGGGGGAUUGUCGGGGUGGAAAAUGUUGCCGAGCUGAAGAAGGGCUUCAAUCGCCAUCUGCACUUCACUUUGGUGAAGGACAGGAACAUCGCGACGCCCCGGGAUUAUUAUUUCGCCCUGGCCCACACGGUGAGAGAUCACCUGGUGGGGAGAUGGAUCAGGACGCAGCAGUUCUACUACGAGGCUGAUCCAAAGAGGGUGUAUUAUCUGUCUCUGGAGUUCUACAUGGGCAGGACGCUCCAGAACACGAUGAUCAACCUGGGCCUGCAGAAUGCAUGUGAUGAAGCCAUCUACCAGCUUGGUCUGGACAUGGAGGACCUGGAGGAGAUGGAGGAGGAUGCAGGUCUGGGGAAUGGAGGUCUGGGCAGACUGGCAGCAUGCUUCUUGGACUCCAUGGCCACCUUGGGUCUCGCAGCGUACGGUUAUGGCAUUCGCUAUGAAUAUGGAAUCUUCAACCAAAAGAUUAGAGACGGCUGGCAGGUGGAAGAGGCAGAUGACUGGUUGAGGCAUGGAAACCCAUGGGAGAAAGCCCGUCCUGAAUACAUGUUACCUGUUCACUUCUACGGACGAGUGGAGGAGACAAAAGAAGGCUCCAAAUGGGUGGACACUCAGGUGGUUCUUGCCAUGCCCUAUGACACACCCAUACCUGGCUACAUGAACAACACCGUGAACACCAUGAGGCUGUGGUCUGCUCGCGCUCCCAACGACUUCAACUUGAGAGACUUUAAUGUGGGAGAUUACAUCCAGGCUGUUCUGGACAGAAAUCUGGCUGAGAAUAUCUCUCGUGUGCUGUACCCCAAUGACAAUUUCUUUGAGGGGAAAGAACUUCGCCUGAAGCAGGAGUACUUCGUAGUGGCAGCCACACUCCAAGACAUCAUCCGGCGCUUCAAGACCACCAAGAAAGGCACGGCCGGACGCACCUCCUUCGAGAGCUUCCCUGACAAAGUUGCCAUCCAGCUCAAUGACACUCAUCCGGCCAUGGCCAUCCCAGAGCUGAUGAGAAUCUUUGUGGACAUCGAGAAGCUUGACUGGGACACGGCCUGGGAUCUGACCAAGCGCACCUUCGCCUACACCAACCACACGGUCCUGCCCGAGGCCCUGGAGCGCUGGCCGGUGGAGCUGCUGGAGACUCUGCUGCCCAGACACCUGCAGAUCAUCUACCAGAUCAACCAGAACCACCUCGAUAGGAUUGCAGCCCUCUUCCCGGAGGACAUGGACAAGCUGCGGAGAAUGUCUCUGAUAGAGGAAGACGGAUGCAAGAGGGUCAACAUGGCUCACCUGUGCAUCGUGGGAUCUCACGCUGUCAACGGAGUCGCUGAGAUACACUCCAACAUCAUCAAGACUGACGUAUUUCGGGAUUUCAGUGAACUGGAACCGGAGAAGUUUCAGAACAAGACCAAUGGCAUCACUCCCAGACGCUGGCUGCUGCUCUGUAACCCGGGACUGGCGGAGCUCAUAGCCGAGGUUAUCGGGGAGGAUUACGUGAAAGAGCUCAGCCAGCUAGAGAAGCUGAAUGACUUUGUCGAUGACGCUGCCUUCAUCCGGGACGUCUCUAAAGUGAAACAGGACAACAAGCUGAAAUUUGCACAGUUCCUGGAAAAGGAGUACAAAGUCAAAAUAAACCCCUCGUCCAUAUUUGACGUCCAUGUGAAGAGAAUCCACGAGUACAAGCGGCAGGUCCUCAACUGCCUGCACAUCAUCGCCAUGUACAACCGCAUCAAAAAGAACCCCAAUGCACCUUUUGUACCAAGAACGAUGAUCAUCGGUGGCAAGGCCGCUCCGGGGUAUCACAUGGCCAAGAUGAUCAUCAAGCUGAUCACCUCGGUGGCUGAUGUGGUGAACAACGACCCCGUGGUGGGCGACAAGCUGAAGGUCAUCUUCCUGGAGAACUACAGGGUCUCCCUCGCAGAGAAGGUGAUUCCUGCCACAGAUUUGUCCGAGCAGAUCUCGACCGCCGGCACCGAGGCCUCAGGAACAGGGAACAUGAAGUUCAUGCUGAACGGAGCGCUGACCAUCGGCACCAUGGACGGAGCCAACGUGGAGAUGGCCGAGGAGGCCGGAGAGGAGAACCUCUUCAUCUUUGGCAUGAGGGUCGAGGACGUGGCUGCAAUGGACAAAAAGGGAUAUGAUGCCAUGGUGUACUACAACAGCAUUCCCGAGCUCAAACAAGUCAUGGACCAGAUCAAGAGUGGGUUUUUCAGCCCCAAGAAUCCAGAGCUUUUCAAAGACCUCACCGAAAUGCUCUUCAAAUACGACCGGUUCAAAGUGUUUGCAGACUUUGAAGAGUACAUGAAAGCCCAAGCAAGAGUCAGCAAACUUUAUCAGAAUCCAAAGGAGUGGACGAAGAUGGUGAUCAAGAACAUCGCCGCCACGGGGAAGUUCUCCAGCGACCGGACCAUCACGGAGUACGCGACCGAGGUGUGGGGCGUCGAGCCGACUGACCUGAAGAUCCCGGCGCCAAACGAGCCCCGAGAGGCCAUCGAAGAAACCGCCAGAGCUUUGAAGAAAAUGUGAGGGUUUCUUUGUUUUUUGGCACUGCGUAGGUUUACAGUUUCAUUAACCGUGCCUGUGCUUUUAACUUUCAAAUAAUACAUCGCUCGACUUUUUCAAGAACUUGGGUGAUUUCAUUUUAAGAGGCCAUGGUUCAGAUCGCAAACACUUUUGAUUUCCAAAGCACUUAGGUAAAAAAAAAAAAAAAAAAAAAAACUUGUCUGUUACAGUCUUUCAGCACCAACACAUGCAGUAAAACCAAGAGACC